AUGUUUGUAAUUGCUCUGCAGCUGAACACUCUCCUGAAUGAUCCAAGCAGUAAGACGUUAGAACCCAGCUCAUCCAACUUCACGAGCACAUUAGACCAAAUUCAUGGCAAUAUGGAUUAUACCUUCCAAGAUGGAGCUGAGAUACAACCUGUCAGUUUCCUAAAUGAGCUUCGUAAACUGAUGGGACUGAGUACUACAACAACUCCAUUGACAACAAGUAGCUUCUCUGUGACAUCAUUCCAGCCAAUACCUGGUUCAGCAGAGGUGACAAGCAAACUGGUGUUCAACUCCUCAUCUCCAGUCCCCAGUGAAGCUUUGGUGCUCAGUGCUAUCAACAUUCUCCUGGAAUCCAGAGUUUCACAACUGAAAGAAACAGUCAAGCUGGUCAAUGUCAGCAAUAAAAAAAUCUCAGACACCUCAUAUGCAGUCUUCUUCACAUUUGCCUUGAGUAACAUCAGCAUGCCAGAAGACCCAGAGUUUAGAAACAACACUUACCAGCAAGUACAGGACAUGAUCAAUGAGGCGCUGAACACCCUUCUCAAUGAUCCAAGCAGUGUGAAGUUUGAACCCAACUCCUCCAACUUCACGAGCACAUCAGACCAAAUACAUGGCAAAAUGGAUUACAUCUUCCAAGAAGGAAAUAAGAUACAACCUGUCAGCUUCCUAAAUGAGCUCCGUAAACUGAUGGGAGUGAGUUCUACAAUGUCUCCUUUUACAACAAGUAGCUUCCCUAUGACGUCCUUCCAACAAAUAUCUGGUUCAGCAGAGGUUACAAGCAAAGUGGUGUUCAACUCCUCAUCUCCAGUCCCCAGUGAAGCUUUGGUGCUCAGUGCUAUCAACAUUCUCCUGGAAUCCAGAGUUUCACAUCUGAAAGAAACAGUCAAGCUGAUGAAUGUCAGCUAUGAAAAAAUCUCAGACACCUCCUAUGCAGUCUUCUUUACAUUUACAUUGAGUAACAUCAGCAUGCCAGAAGACCCAGAGCUUAAAAAUAACACUUACAAACAAGUGCAGGACAUGAUUAACGAUUUGGUAAGUAUUCAGAAGUGA